UGUCAGCUCCCCUGUAAUGUCAGUCAGGAUCCCCUUUUCCCAGGGCUGCUGAGGGGUGGGGUCAGAGGGCAGGAGCACCCUGCCCCCUGAGGGGGUCCGUGCAGCCUUACUCCACUGACGUGCUACCCAUGGCUCUCUCCACAGCUCAUCAGCGAUGGCAGUGUGGUCUGUGCUGAAGCACUCUGGGACCAUGUCACCAUGGAUGACCAGGAACUGGGCUUCAAAGCUGGGGAUGUCAUCGAAGUAAUGGAUGCCACCAACAGAGAGUGGUGGUGGGGCCGUGUCGCCGACGGCGAGGGAUGGUUCCCAGCCAGCUUCGUGCGGCUGCGUGUGAACCAGGACGAGCCUGCGGACGACGAGGCGCUGCGGGCCGGGGCUGGCGGGGCGGAGGACGGCGGGACCGAGGCGCAGAGCAGCAAGAACCAGAUGCGGACCAACGUCAUCAACGAGAUCCUCAGCACGGAGCGCGACUACAUCAAGCACCUGCGCGACAUCUGCGAGGGCUACAUCAGGCAGUGCCGCAAGCGCGCCGACAUGUUCAGCGAGGAGCAGCUGCGCACCAUCUUCGGGAACAUCGAGGACAUCUACCGCUGCCAGAGGGCCUUCGUGCAGGCGCUGGAGCAGAGGGUCAACAGGGAGCGGCCGCACCUCAGCGAGCUGGGCGCCUGCUUCCUGGAGCACCAAGCGGACUUCCAGAUCUACUCCGAGUACUGCAACAACCACCCCCGCGCCUGCCUGGAGCUCUCCCGGCUCGCCAAGCUCAGCAAGUACGUGUACUUCUUCGAGGCCUGCCGGCUGUUGCAGAAGAUGAUUGACAUCUCUCUGGACGGCUUCCUGCUGACCCCAGUGCAGAAGAUCUGCAAGUACCCUCUGCAGCUGGCUGAGCUGCUCAAGUACACACCCCCCCAGCACAGGGAUUUCAAGGACGUGGAGGCUGCUUUACAUGCCAUGAAGAACGUGGCCCAGCUCAUCAAUGAACGGAAACGGAGACUGGAAAACAUCGACAAGAUUGCUCAGUGGCAAAGCUCCAUAGAGGACUGGGAGGGGGAAGACCUCCUGGUCAGGAGCUCAGAGCUCAUCUACUCAGGGGAGCUGACUCGAGUUACACAGCCACAAGCCAAGAGCCAGCAGAGGAUGUUUUUUCUCUUUGACCAUCAGCUCAUCUACUGUAAGAAGGACCUUCUCCGCCGGGACGUGCUGUACUAUAAAGGCCGAGUGGACAUGGAUGACCUGGAGGUGGCAGAUCUGGAGGAUGGGAAGGACAGAGACCUCCAUGUGAGCGUCAGGAAUGCCUUCCGGCUGCACUGCGGCGCCACAGGAGAGAGCCACUUGCUGUGUGCCCGGAAGCCUGAACAGAAGCAGCGCUGGCUCAAGGCCUUCGCCAGGGAGAGGGAGCAGGUGCAGAUGGACCAGGAGACAGUUACCAGGUCCACUCUUGGUCUGGGAAAGAGCCUCCACCACAGUGGAAAGGACAUGCGACACUGGACACGCUGGGGAUCAGGAUUCUCCAUCACUGAGCUGCAGAGGAAGCAGGCCAUGCUGAAUGCCAGCAAGCAGCAGGCCACCGGGAAGCCCAAAGCCCUCAGCCGGCCCUACUACCUGACACGCCAGAAGCACCCGGCACUGCCCACCUGCCUGCCCCAGCAACAGGUCUUGGUGCUGGCAGAGCCCAAGCGGAAGCCCUCCACCUUCUGGCACAGCAUCAGCCGCCUGGCACCGUUCCGCAAGUGAGCCAGUGGCCCACCCGACCACACUGUCUGGACCUUCCCCGCCAGCGGGCCUCCGGCUUCUCCUCCUCAAGGUCCACUGUGUCCGGCCCUCCUCUGCGUAUGACACAAACUGGAAGCGAGCAGGGCCAUGUGAGGAAGCUGCUCAGUGCCACCAGUAUGUGCCAAGUUCUGGGCUCCCAUUCAUGGUUUCUGCCCCACUACUGGUGCACUGAAGACACCAGCCAGACAGGGAGCCCCACAGCAUGUGGACCCCCUGGCACCCUGGACGUUGGUGGGGCCUCCUGGGAGCUAGGGCUCAGAACCACCCCCCAGGCCCACACACAUGAGGAGACUGGCAGCUCUGCACCCUCUUCUUUGGGCAUCUAAUCAUCCCUCCUUCUCCUGGUUUUUUCUGGGCAGGAGACCAUAUCUACCUUCAGCCACCUGCCAAGCUGGGCCGUGUGCCCCCCUGCCCUCAAUUCUCCUUGCAAGCCCCCAGCCCCCAGCUGGUGGUGCAGCAGCUUGCAUCCCUGGAGGUUGGGAACCAGGAAUUCUGCGCACAAAAACGUCUGGCCCAGAGCCCACCUGUUCUGCCUCCCAGUCCCUCUCUAGACACUCCUGGCGGCCAGACACCCUCUUCACUUGUGAUGUGUGUGUUUAUAGUGGAAAGAAAACAAAACCAUAGUCCGCCACAUACUUCUGUCAAGGUUUGUGACCAGUCCACGUGUAGCUGUGGGUUGAUUCUAGAACCUUGCUGCAGUUUUGUUAUUUUGUUGUUUUUAUAACAAUGGAGAAAAAAAAAUACUGUUAGUGACACAGAAAGACUGCCUUACCCUGAGUGAGCGUGUGAAGCCGGAAGGACUGACUUCUGAGGCCCAGCAUGCAGGGCGGACCCGCCCCCAGAGGCUGGUGCGCACUGGGCUGGAGGGAAGCCCACCUCCUUCUGAGGAGGGGCCCCCACGAGUGUGGCCAGGGCCUGGCUUUUGGGUGCAGAGCACCGAGCUGCCCCUCUGGCCCAUGAAAACUUAGCAGCAUGUACAGUCACUCUUGCACUAUACCCUCUCCAAGCCAGAAACCACAUUUAAUUUCAUAAAGAAACCUGUGAAAAAUAACCUGGCUGCCAGCCCGUUUUUUGUUGCUGUCUGUGCAUUUUCUCCUCUGCAUGCCCCAUCCUUCCUGUGCCCAUGAUCUUUGACCCAGGCCUUUUCUUACACUGCAGGAAAGAGCCAGCAGUACCCUGAGGUGGGGUGGGACUCACCCAGUUGCAGACCGUGCCCUCAGGCUUUGGUGGAGAGAGGCUAAGGGGGCAGGGCUAAGUGCCUCCGGGAGGCUCAGGGGAGCCAGGAGGACUGUGUCUGGCCUGGGAGCUGUCCAGGUAUGAGUACAGCUAGCUCAGGGCCUGGGAGCCCACUCUCCCUGACUGCUCGCAGAGUCCAUGUUUGGCUGAAGUUAGCAAAUGUGGGUUUAGCUGUCAGGCUACAGAAAGGUCUGUAACCUUUCUGGGUCUCGGCAUCCUCCUCACUGAAAUGGGGAAGAAUAUGUCCUCCCAGGAGGCCCCAGGCCGCGGGACGAGAAGAUUGAGGGGGGCUUCCCUGCCCCCGAAGAAACAGUCCCACCUUGCUGCCUCCACACCCCCUUAACACUGCCAAGGGCACUCGAGUGAGUGCCACCAGGGCCUCUGCCCACGACUCCAUGUAUUUCCUAACUGGAAAGAGGCUAUAGCACCUCCCAGCCAGGCCAAGCCACCUGGAGAGAAAACCCACAGGGAAAAUCAUGAAAACUAUGACAUGCAACACAAGUCAAUCUUUAUUGAAAACUGCAGUAUUCAUACAGAACAAUUCUUGUUACAAUAAACGUGCUUUUAAGAAUUUUAAAUCUGAGCUCAUCUACUCAUCAGAUUGCAUAAAAAAUUAAAAUAGUAUGAAUUUACACACGAUGGAACUGGCUCAGGAUGACGCUCCAUUCCUUUGUAUUGACACCUGAAGUUCAAUGCAGAGGCAAGGGAUGCCUUUAACACUGGAA